GCGGGAUUACAAAACGCGCGGACCGCGAUCUUGUAAUAACAGUUCGUAAAUUACCAUCGCGACCGAUACCAAAACAAAUUUAAAAGUAGUAGGUACCCCGUCGAAGUACAUGACUAAACGAGAAUUAUUUCUUUAAUAAGACGGUGUCGGAAUUGGAAUGGUUUACACACUUAGUUUUUUGAAAUCAGUUUCUAGGAAUUUUCGGUUUUUUUAAAGCCUCGGUCAUACCAAAUCUAGAAAGUGUCGUUUUUUUAGUGUGUUUUUUUUUUGGCUUAUAUUUGAAAGAGACGUUAUGGGAAAGUUGUCGAAUCGGCUGGCGAAGUUUUGGGAGUUUGGCGCUGGGCGAAUGUUUUUAGCUGCCUUUUUUGCUCACUCAGUAUCAAUAUCCAUUGGUAUUACGCAAGGAUAUAGUGCGAUUUGGAUACCACAGCUUCAAGCCUUAGGAGAAUUUGACAUAACAAUGGAACAAAGCAGUUGGCUUGCAAGUUUAGGAGCUGUUACAAAUCCGAUCGGCAGUAUCCUGUCUGGAGUAUUAGCCGAAUGGCUCGGCAGAAAACGUGCGAUACAAAUUAGCAGCAUCCCCUUUGUUAUUGGCUGGGUCCUAAUAGGAUUAGGACAAAAUAUUUACUGGCUCUACGCUGGAAGACUUAUUACUGGAAUAGCUGGAGGAAUGUCUACUGCAAGUUACACGUAUGUGGGAGAAAUUGCAACACCGAAUACAAGAGGAUUCCUACAAGCUUUGGGACCUAUCUGUGCUAGCUUUGGAAUUUUGUUCAGUUACGUGGCAGGAUAUAUUCUGUAUUGGAAAACUGUGGCUUUAUUAAGUUCACUUUUUGCUAUUAUUUCACUGGUUACCAUCCAGUUUAUGCCAGAUAGUCCUGCCCAUCUAGUGAAAAUCAACAACGGUGCAAACAUGACCAGUAACUCUGAAGCCUUCGAAGCCUACAUGUUUUUCAGUCGAAACGUUGCGACAGCCGAACAAGAACUGAAAAAAGCUUCAACUGGUGAUAUUAUAGACAAAAUAUCGCAAAAACCCCUCAAAGAGUUGUAUUUAAGUCCUGAAACUGUUAAACCAUUUUGUUUGCUUAUCGUCUUGUUUUUGCUUCAAGAGCUUAGUGGAAUCUACAGCAUUCUUUUUUAUGCCGUGGAAUUUUUCGGAGAAACCGAUUUGAAGAUUAAUAAUUAUAUUUCAAGUAUCUUUGUGGGUACUAUUAGAUUUGCUAUGUCAAUAGCUUGUGCGGUACUCAUCCAAAAAGCUGGCAGGAAAACUUUAUGUACCUUUUCGAGCUUUGGGAUGGCUUUGUCAGUACUUAUUUUAGGACUUUAUAUUAAAUAUUACGAAAUUAAUCCGAAUGAGGAGCGUAUUUUAAGUCUUUUACCUUUAUUUUGUAUAGUAUUUAACGUUUUCUUUUCAAUGAUAGGCAUGCUACCGAUCCCUUGGAUUUUAGUUGGUGAAAUGUUCCCCUUAAGGGUGCGUCCAAUAAUGGCCGGGGUGGUAAUAUGCAUUGCACAAAUAUUUAUUUUUAUUUGUGUUAAAAUUUAUAACAACAUGGUGGACUUUUUGGGUUUUGGUGGUACCAUAUUUACAUUUUUUGGAGCUUCCGUAUUAUCCAUGCUGUUUUGUAAGUAUGUCCUACCGGAAACUAAGGGCCAGAGUUUGGAUGAAAUUGAAGCUUACUUCAGAGGAACUAAGAAGGAUGUAGAGCAUUCUAGUCAUAGUGGAUUAGUUAAUCAUGCUUUCACGGUUAGCUCUGAGAAUAUUUCAGUGGUAACGAGCCGGUGACUUUAAUUUAACUAAUUUAGUUUGUUCCUAUAAUAUGGAUAAAUAUGCAUAAUAUUUUAGCUCAGAUUAAUUCAUACUCGAUGCGAAAGAAUAAUUCAACAUGUAGAAGAAGAAUUUAUUCAUUUAUAAAAUUAAUAGCCAAAAAUUUUAUUUUAACAAAAAAAAAGAUCGGUUUUUAUAUUUAUUAGAAUUAGAAUUCAUGAGUUAAACCUUUUGCAUCUAGUAUGGAUUAAUCUAGAAUAUUAUGAAUUAAUUAUUUAUAAAUAAAACUUAAUAUUUUAUUAUAACUAUUAUUCAUAAUUUAGUAAAAAAGAUAUUUCUUUGUCCAUUCCAUUGAUAAUAAUAGGUAUAAUUUAGGAAAUUUUUUAAACGGUUUAUUUGAUAGUGAUAAUCACAAAUCAUUUGAGAAACUAAGGUGAUGAUUCCUUGUUGAAACAAACUUAAAGAUACCAAAAACAGGGUUUAAAUUAGUUUUUAGUAAUAUCUAAAACUAUUCGAGAUUAUAUUAUUUAAUAAAUAAAUAUUUAUUAAUUUUUGUUAGGUGUUACAUACCAAAAAUAAACUUACUUAAUUUGAAUUAUCUAAAUCAAUUAGUUUAGGUAUUAAUUUUUAGUGAUGAUAGUUAUUUUUGGUCUCAAGUGAUCGAUAUUAUAUUACUGUUAAUCCUUUCUCGAAAUUUUAUAUUAAGUAUCUUUUGCGUUUCUUUUUAAAAAGUUUAUAUCUUAAAUUCUAGUUUAUUUUUUGUUUGUACCAUGUAUGUACAUCAGAAAUGUGUCCAGUUUUAAUCACACACCAAGUAUUAUUUUAAGAAAAACACGUUUUUUCCUGAUGAACGAUCAAUGUUAACUCAUGGUACUUCUUUUAGUUACCAUUUUUAUUUAUUUUUUACUCUGACUUGCAAAGGAUUCGGUGGAACCUAUGCAUAGUCAAUGUUUAUACCUAGGGAUGCUAAUUUUAGUAGAACAAAUACUCUAAAUAGAUAAAGCUAUGCCCUUAUUAGAGGUAAUUCAUAGUUUUGUUAAAAUAAAUUUUGUUCUCCUCGUAUUUGUAAAGGUUUGUAACAAUGUGAUAUUUUGUAAAUAAAUAAUUGUAAUAAUUAUAAAUGACAGUA